GCAGUCUUUCUUUCCUUUUUUUCGUUUACAAUGAGCUUUGCUGUCGCGUGGAAGCGCGCUGCGGCUUUGGCUUGUGCGACUGCGGCAGGCCGGCCAUCCCCGCUCAGCACCGCUGCCGCUUAUGCGACUUGUGCUUCCUAUGCUGCUGCUGCUGCUGCUACAGUGGCUGUGCCGCGCCGUGGACUGGCAUCGACUGCCUCUUCCGCUGCUGCUGCUGCUCAUCCUGCAGCUGCGAUCGCCGCCGCGUCCACCACCAACCAAGCCGCAAACCCAGUCGCUUGGAAGUACACGCCGUCGUACGCCACCCGCGACGCUCUCGUCAGCGGCGGUGCAGGCUCACGGGCACACUUGACACACACUGAGCGCUGGUUUGUCGUGGACGCGCAAGGUCAGCCAGCAGGUCGUCUCGCCAACUUGCUCGUGCAAGUCCUGCAGGGCAAGCACAAGCCCAUCUAUCACCAUUCGACUCUCUGUGGCGACCACAUUGUCGUGAUUAACACCAAGCAUGUCGCGCUGUCGGGAACAAAGUGGCUGGAAAAGGUCUACCGACGACACUCGGGUCGCCCGGGCGGCAUGAAGGAAGAAAUUGCGCGCGACUACCACGCUCGCCGACCAACAGAAAUCAUUCGCCGGGCUGUCAAAAACAUGCUGCCGCGCAACAACCUGCGCAAGCGAUAUCUCAACCGGUUACACUUGUACGUAGACACGGCGCAUCCGCAUGGCGCAAAUAUCACGGGCAUCUUGCGGCCGCCAGUCAUCGCCUCCAACUUGCACGAGCGCCAGUUUGCGCGCUGGACCGAGCUUGAGCUCAAGAAGGCCGACAUCCGAACCGAGUACGACUUGGCUCUCUUCCGCAAGGCGCUUGCCACGCACGACCCCAUCCACAGCCUUACUGCGGAGCGCGCUGCCAUCAGCAAACCCGCAGUUGCUGCUGCUGCUUCGUUGAAACCCGAGGCUCCUCCCAAGGCCAACCCCGUUUUCGCCGACAUGAAGGGCGUGGACGAACUCGCCCUUGGCAAGAGCGCCCCUGAGCGAUUGACCGAGCUGCGCACCACCCUCACCAAGCAACUUCAAGCACACAUGGAGAAAUCGGGCAUUUCGGCAUCAGAGUCGGCCAGUCUUGCACAGUCCGUCCUUGACGAGCUCGUUUCACGGCGUCGUGCGGCAUAGUGAAAGUGCCCUUUGGAGAGCUUGUUGAUUUUGGGGUUGGAUUGUUCUUUUUCUCCCCCUUGGCGGCGGCUCCAUUUCUUUGUGGUGUUUGUGUUUGGCUGUGCAUCAAUAAUAACACUUGUUGUAUUCAAUGAGUAUUCGUCUUUGUAGAGGGUUUA